GGCUGCGGCCUGACCUUGCGACCCCGCUGUCCUCACCGCUAUGGCGGCCGCCGGGGCCCUGGUGGUGUCGAGACUGGCCGCGGCCUCCGCGUUUGCGCCGCUCCCCAGCCGCCUCCGGCAGCCUCCCCGCUGGGGCCAGACGCCCUUCCUGCGCGCCGCCCUUCACGGCUCCGCGCCGCGACCCGCAGCCAGGGUCGCGCUGGUGCUGUCUGGAUGCGGCGUCUAUGACGGGACCGAAAUCCACGAGGCCUCGGCGAUACUGGUGCACCUGAGCCGCGGGGGGGCCGAGGUCCAGAUCUUUGCUCCUGACGUCCCUCAGAUGCACGUGAUCGACCACACCAAGGGGCAGCCUUCUGAGAGCGAGACCAGGAACGUUUUGACUGAGUCGGCGAGGAUCGCCCGUGGCAAGAUCGCAGACCUGGCCACGCUCAGCGCAGCCAACCACGAUGCUGCCAUCUUUCCCGGAGGCUUUGGAGCUGCCAAAAACCUGAGCACGUUCGCUGUGGAUGGGAAAGAUUGCCGCGUUAACAAAGACGUGGAGCGUGUCCUGAAGGAGUUCCACGCAGCCGGGAAGCCCGUCGGCUUGUGCUGCAUUGCGCCCGUCCUCGCGGCCAAAGUGCUCAGAGGCGUCGAGGUCACCGUGGGCCACGAGCAGGAGGAGGGCGGCAAGUGGCCCUACGCCGGGACCGCAGAGGCCAUCAAGGCCCUGGGUGCCAAGCACUGUGUCAAGGGAGUGGCCGAAGCUCACGUGGACCUGAAAAACAAGGUGGUCACGACCCCGGCCUUCAUGUGCGAGACCGCCCUCCACCACAUCCACGAUGGCAUCGGAGCCAUGGUGAAGAAGGUGCUGGAACUCACUGGAAAGUGAUGCACACGGCCGGGCCCCCCUCAGGGCUGUGGGCCCAGCCUCACCCACCUGGCCUUGGAGCUGGUGGCCUGAUUGCCGUCCAGCUGGGAACAUGGCAGGACUUCACUCUUCGACCUAAGCAGGGCGGUGUGGGUACGGAGGGGGUGGUACGCGACGCUGUCCUCCGCUUAACUUCCCUUGACGCGGCGGCGGAGGCCGGGGCGGCCGAUGGUUUAGUCUCUAAACCACGGUGACUUGCCUGGCUACGCGUCUCCCGAACAUUCACAUCCACGCUGCUUUUUCAGGACGAGAAUCACGUAGAGAAAUCCUGUUCUGUGGGCUUAGGUUUGAUGAUUCGGGUUAUUCAGGUUUUGGAAAAAAAAAAAUACUAAGUUUACAAGUCUAAUCGGCAAACCAGAAACACCACGUUUCGAGACAAAGGUUGAUUCUCUAUCUGGGGUAAACUUGUGCUAAUUAAAGCGAGGGGGUCUCUGUGGCAGGCAGUCCUUUUAGCCGCGGAGAACAUGCUGCUUUCCAGCGGGCGCUUCCGACAGCUGCGUGUUAGGCCUGGAACCAGCGAGGGUGGAGUCUAAACGGGGUUCCCUAGGUUAGUCUCUGCUCCCUGGGUUCUCGGGGAAGGGGGUUGCCGAUGCUUGGCAUCUGAAACUGACCUGCCGGAUACCGACGGCAAAGGUCCCAGGCCGUGGAGAAGAGGUGUGGAAAGGGAAAAGUAAAGCACAUUGACAUAG